AUGCUGGUCAGUUCGCUAAUACGCAAAAUCAAGAAUAGAGACCACGAGACUAGGUCGUCGUCGCAUCUAGUGCCAAGGCUACUUGCGCUCAUAGUCUCGAUUUUCGUUGCGUUGGCCGCGGGCACCCCCUACUUGUACGGGGUCUACGCUCCGCAAUUGAUGAAACGAGUCGGGUUCACCACCUCGGACUCGGCCACUAUUUCCCUUGCCUCGAACUUGGGUUCGAGUGUCGGCGGGUUACCGGGCGGCUUGCUAAUUGACCACUUUGGGCCUCAGGUCAGCAUAUUCACCGGCUCGAUGUGCAUUUUUAUUGGCUUUUUCUCGAUGUACAAGAUUUACCAGCACCAGUUCCACAGUCUCGUGGUGAUUUGCGUUGCGAUUAUUUUUGUGGGCUUUGGCUCCAUCACUUGCUUCUUUGCGACUUUGAAAGCUUCCCAGGCCAAUUUCGCCAAGCACAAGGGUGUCGCGGGCGCAUUCCCCGUUAGUUGUUAUGGAUUCGGCGCAACGGUCUUUUCGAUUAUAUCGGCUACGUUCUUUAAUGACAACGCGGGGGCCUUGUUGCAGUUUUUGGCAUUCUUUUGCGGGUCUGUGACAUUUUUCGGGUCCUUCUUUGUCCAUAUAUAUUCGAGUGACGAUGCCGACGACGAUGCAGAUGGAGAUGGAGAUGAAGAAGAAGCCUUGAGUCCCAUUAGCGAAUAUUCAAGAGAUUCGCCUUCGCAGUCGACAACCGUGUUGCCCGAUGACGAAUUGUCCUUGUUGGCCGCUAUCGAAACACCUGCGCAGUCAAUUACAAAGGCUGAUUCCUUGAAAGGCUCGAUUUCAUUUUGGGGAAUCGGCGAACGAACUCCUAGGUCUUCCAUAAGCUUGCAGGAAUCAGAAGCUACAAACGCGGUGCGCAACCUCGGCAACAGCGAAGAUGUAGUCACUCGCACCACCACCACCACCAGCAUAAAAAUCAAGGCUAAAUUGCAGAGUCCGUACGAAACCAUCAAAGAAAGAUUGACCGAUAGGAUCUUCCUCAUCCACUACCUCAUUAUCGCCAUUGCGUCUGGGAUAGGCCAAAUGUACAUCUACAGCAUCGGGUUCAUAGUCACUGCACAAUACUACUACAACAAACACGACGGCGUGCCGCCAACACAAAACAACAACAACCACAUCCUAAUGCGCGCCAUGGCAGCAUUGGCGCACGAUCCCGAAGCAGCCUCGCUCCAAGCAGUGCAAGUCUCCAUCAUCUCGAUUGCAUCAUUCCUGGGCCGAUUACUCUCGGGCUUCCUCAGCGACUAUAUCCACAAGAGAUGGCACAUUCAGCGACUCUGGAUCGUCUUGUUCACGUUGGUGAUCUUGGCCACGGCGCAAUAUCUCACCAUAAUCAACGUGUCCUCGUUCCAUUUGACCUCGGUGGUGUCCGCGAUGGUUGGCGGUAGCUACGGCUUGAUCUUUGGCACCUACCCCGCGGUGAUGGCGGAUUCGUUUGGCACAAGGACGUUUUCAACUACGUGGGGCUUGGUGUGCACGGGUCCCUUGUUUGUGUUGUACGUCUUGAACAAGCUCUUUGGCUGGAUCUACGACUCCAACACCGACAAGGAGAGUGGCGUUUGCUAUCUUGGAAACUUGUGUUAUAUGGGUGCUUUUGAUGUCAGUUUGUGCUUGUGUGGAUUGUGCUUUGUUGUGACUCUGCUCUUGAUAUACAUGCAACGGACCUAA